AUGGCAACCGCCGUGUCAACCUUGCCCAGCUUCUUGCUGCCCCGGCUGAGCUGGACUGCACCAGCUGCAAGGCAGUGCGUGACGGCAUCGCUGGCCGCGACCCAGACGAGCACCCUGCGAUCAUGGCAACCCCCAGCACGAUCUGUACACAAUGACAGAGGUGCGGUACGGCACAACGGCAUCAACUCCACCAAACCCUCUCGUUCCCUACUCCAGCAGCCCGGCCUGCGGAGAGCCUUCCACGCCUCAGCCCCUCGUAGGAGAGACCACCAUUUCGACACGCUCAAGUUCGUCCAGCGGCUGCAAGGCGAGGGCUUCACGGAGGAACAAUCGGUGGCCAUGAUGAAGGUGCUGAACGAUGUAAUUGAAGAGAGACUGACAGUUCCUGCCCACCCCACCCACAGCAUCCAGAACCUAACGCGCACGAUGGUCCUCCGCGAGGACGCAGCCAAGGCGACGUACACGCAGAAGGUCGACUUCGCGACGCUGCGGUCGGAGCUGCUGUCGGCGGACAGCACCGAGUCGAACGCGACGCGGUCGGCGCACGAGCGGCUGACCAACGACAUCGGCAAGCUCAACAACCGGCUCAAGGACGAGAUCGGCCGCACGCAGGCGAGCGUGCGGCUGGACCUGAACCUGGAGAAGGGCCGCAUCCGCGAGGAGGCCGUCUCGCAGGAGCUGCGCAUCAAGGAGACCGAGACCAAGAUCGAGCAGGAGGCGGGCGCGCUGCGCCAGCAGCUCGAGAUGGUCAAGUUCCAGACGCUGCAGUGGCUCAUUGGUGUCUGCACCGGUUUCGCGGCGCUGAUGCUCGGUGCUUGGCGGUUGUUGAUGUGA